GAGGACAUUUUGUGGAAUUCGGAGGUGAAAAUGAGUUUUAGUUGCCGGCGACAUGGAAGUUUAUCUCCAAACCUGCGGCCUAUUCGCCAAAAGUUGCAAUUUUCUACGAGCGACUGUGAGGAGGACAGCGCGGAGGACCCUAACAACAGUACCGGAGCAGAGUCCGGAUUCACAGAACUGGACUCUCCGGUACCACCCCGGCGAAACAACGCAGAGAAAGCAAAUGGAGUUGUGAACAGCAGUCCUCUCAGCCGGACGGUGGAGGAAGACGACUUAGAGUCUUGGGAUGAAGAAGGCUUUGGAUCACCAUCUCACUUAAAACCAAGUUUUUAUAUGAAAAAUUCACCAUCACCUCGAAAAACCUCUAAGGCUUACGAUAGUUCACCAGAACGGACAUACAUUCACGACGAUGUCGAGGGAUCCAGCUCUCCUAUCCCGGAUUGUCCCGAUACACCACCCCAUAAAACCUUCAGAAAACUUCGUCUGUUUGAUACCCCCCACACCCCAAAGAGUUUGUUGUCCAAAGCCAGAGCACUGGGAUCGACCAGCCGAAGAGUAGGUCUGUUUAGGAAUGUGGAUUCCACGGGCAGAUCCAGUCUAGACGGAAGACGAAACCAGACACCUUUGGUUAACAUCAACCCUUUUACCCCGGAUUCAAUCCUUGUCCAGUCAUCCACACAACAAAGAAACACCAGGAAACGCUCACACUGGAACGACUCCUGUGGCGAGGACAUGGAGGCAAGUGAUGCCGAGAUCGAGGAAGAUAUCAUUCCACCAUCAAAGAGGAUCACAAUGAUGGAGAGUAACAUGAUGUCCAGAUAUGCAUCAGAGUUUCAUGAAUUAGAGAAGAUUGGCUCUGGCGAGUUUGGCUCCGUGUUUAAAUGUGUCAAGAGACUGGACGGUUGUGUUUAUGCCAUAAAGCGAUCCAAGAGGCCCCUGGCAGGCUCUGUUGAUGAACAGAAUGCACUGCGUGAGGUUUAUGCGCACGCUGUCCUGGGACAGCACCCCCAUGUGGUGAGGUAUUACUCUGCAUGGGCUGAGAAUGAUCACAUGCUUAUUCAGAACGAAUACUGCAACGGCGGAACCCUCUCCGACGUCAUCUCGGAAAACUACAGAUGCAUGAAAUUCCUGUCGGAGAUGGAACUGAAGGACCUCCUUCUGCAGGUGUCCCGUGGGCUGAAGUACAUUCACUCCACUGCACUGGUCCACAUGGACAUCAAACCAAGCAACAUUUUCAUUUCCCGAAAGACUGUUACGAGUGUGGCUGAAUUUGAUGAUGAUGAGGAUGGGCCUGCAACAAGUGUGAUAUAUAAAAUUGGUGACCUAGGCCACGUUACCACAGUGAAUAACCCUCAGGUGGAGGAAGGUGACAGCAGGUUCCUGGCAAACGAAGUUCUUCAGGAGGACUACAGUAACCUGACAAAAGCAGACAUCUUCGCCCUGGCCCUGACCGUCAUCAGUGCGUCCGGGGCAGAACCUCUGCCGACCAACGGUGAGAAGUGGCACCAGAUCCGACAAGGAACGCUGCCUCACAUCCCUCAAGUGCUCUCCCAGGAAUUCUUAAAUUUACUGAAGCUUAUGAUCCACCCUGACCCGACCCGUAGGCCGGCGGCCUCCGACCUCAUUCGACACCCCGUGCUCUUGACAGCCGCGCGGAUGAGCGCCGACCAGCUUCGUGUGGAGCUGAACGCAGAGAGGUUCAAAAACGCCUUGCUCCAAAAGGAGCUGAAGAAGGCCCAGAUGGCCAAAGCAGCAGCAGAAGAGAAAGUUCUUUCAGCAGACAGAGUUCUGACCCGGUCUACAGUCCAGUCCAGCACCAGAGCCUCCAGACUCAUCGGGAAAAAAAUGAAUCGCUCACUAAGCUUAACCAUUUAUUGAAGUGAACUCUUAACGA